CUCCCAUAGGGGAGAGGGAAACGUGUAGAACUACCUUGUAUGUUCAUCAACAUGAACUAGGUAGUCUGGAAAUGACUGGAAUCGAUCAUUAUACACCUAUCGCAUUCAAUCGAAUCGCACAAGUGUGAGCCAAUCAGAGGAUCUUAAAUUUCCAUUGAAGGUUUUGGGCAUUGGCUCAGCAAGACUGCGUUGUUUGUGAUCUUUGUGAUGAUAUGUGUACGCGAUUGAGGAUAAAGAAGAGUUUGCUCCAGGAUGCAAGUCUUCCAGUGAGGAAACUGGAAUGAUAUUCUUCAAUUUUCCCAGGGAUUCAGCACGGGCUAUGGUAUACACAGGAGGAGUUGGGUUGUCCUGUACUACUGAUUCUGCUAGAGUGCUGCACAAUAAAGUUCUGUGCAACAAACAUUUCUCCGAAAGUGAUUUCAUUACAGCUGAAAGGGUACACCUUAACAGAUGUGCAGCAAGCCUCAAUGCUCUAGUGGCUACAGGUGGGUGCAGCAGCGAAUACAUGGCAACAGCUGUGUUUGUUAAGGAGGUUGACAAUCUCUUCGAUAGUUUCAAUGGUGGAACAAGCGUUGGCCAAGGGAAAACACUGCGUUGCCCACUCAGUGACAACAUUCCACAUAUAAAAAGAAAAAAAGGAAAAAGGCAAGUAUGGGGAUAAAGAGUUGGAUCUUCCUCAAGGAUGGUAAACCCACCUUUCUUCAUCCCCCUCCUUCACAGAAUGGGUGGCUGAUUGACAUCACUGCUGCCCAACAUCUGUGGAGGAAACUGGAAGAGGUGGGUUUUCAGUACCUUCACACCCGAAACCUGAAUCAGGAGCCCCUUGAGAACACAUUUGGAGCUAUUUUUUUAAACUGUGGUUUAAAUAAUAACCCAACUGUGGGACAGUUUGUAGAUGCCCUGAAGACUAGCAUCAUCAAUGGCCUUGCAUUUAGAGGACUGGGGGAAACUAAUUGUGAGGAUGAUGGUGCUACUCUUCUGGAUAAUCUACAAUCGCUUUUCAGGGCACCUGAAGCUGCUUCACGAAAUCCUUCCACAAGUCAUGACAAGGAAACCCCAGCUGGUGUGCCUGAGAGUUUCCAUGUUGCUCAGCAAGUACAGAUGGACAUGAGUCCUGCAGUACCUGCUGGUGACAUGGAAGUGCUCUCAGUAGCUUACGUCAGUGGUUCCAUUGCCAGACAGG